AUGAACAGCUUUAGUAAUUGUUCAAUGAAAAUUAAAUUAUUUGAUUGCCCACCUGUGAAGAUUCUGGCUGAAUUGAAUAACAAUAGUCUACACAUGAACAAUUAUCAUCAUUCACAUGCAAAUAAUUAUAGGCUGCUUGUGUUGUUCAUAAAUAUUCCUGAAGAACCUACUGUUACCAGCAUUUCAAAGACAUAA